AUGGACAGGGUCCCUGCCUGCUAUAGGCCAUACACCCAGGCCCACCUCUUCCCGUGCCUCUGUGCAGUCAAACCCCCAUCCCAGGCCCAGGUCCUGACCAUCCAGGCCUAUGCUGCCCAACAAGAUCUCAGCGAUAACACAGCUGUUUGGGAUGGAGGAGGGUACAUCUCUCGGGAGGAUCUCCCUAACGUCCGAAGCCGGCAGCUGUUGGAGCUCUCUGGCUCAGGCAACCUCCACAUCUCUUUCCACUUUCACAUCAGGGACAAGUACCCCUUACACUACCACACCCAUAACUUCUACUGGGACAAGUACACCUGCUCCAACUGGACAAGUACCUCUUAUGCUACCACCUCCAUAACUUCUACUGGGGCAAGUACACCUAGUCCAACUGUGAGUGACACUACCACAGCCCUGUCAACUUCCACCGAUGGAUCAACAUCUUCAACUAUCACUUCUAUGACUUCUACUGCAAUUGAGACUACCUCUACUGAUACCAGCUCAUCUACUCCAACGUCUGAGGCAACCUCCACAUCUCUUUCCACUGCCACAUCAGGGACAAGUGCCUCUGAGACCACAGCAUCUACAACUUCUACUGGGACUAGUAUACUUACUUCAGCAGUGAGUGACACUCCAACAACCCUAUCAACAACUAGUGAUGGAUCAACAUCUUCAAUUAUAACAUCUGUCACUACUACUGCCACUCAGGCUACCUCUAUGGAUACCAGCUCAUCUACUCCAACGUCUGAGACAACCUCCACAUCUCUUUACACUUCCACAUCAGGGACAAGUACCUCUUACACUACCACAUUCAUAACUUCUACUGGGACAAUUACACCUUCUCCAACUCUCAUCUACUCCAAUAUCGGAGGCAACCUCCACAUCUCUGUCAACUUCUACAGCAGGGACAAGUACCUCUUACACUACCACAUUCAUAACUUCUACUGGGACAAUUACACCUUCCCCAACUGUGAGUGA